CAGACACUUACAGGGACACACGCAGAUACACGCACACUCGCGCGCGCAUAUCCUCCCGCCAGCCAGCCCGCCCGCCCGCUCGCCGGCGCCCGGAGCCCGCUCUGGCCGGAGGGAGAGAGAGAACCGCGCCGCCGAUGACUCCGAGGCUGGGGCCCUGGACAUGUGCUGCAGUGAGAGGCCGCCGGGUCUCCCCCAGCCGGUAGUGAUGGAGGCCCUGGACCAGGCCGAAGGACUCACAGACUCUCAGAGAGAAAUGCCACCACCACCCCCUCCUUCACCGCCCUCAGAGCCAGCUCAGAAGCCGCCACCUCAAGGCAUCGGGAGCCACUCCCUCACUGUCAAGAGCAGCCUGUGCCUGCUAGCCGCCUUCCAGUUCCUGCUUGCCUGCGGGAUGCUCUGGCUCAGCGGCUAUGGCCCCGUCUGGUUGCAGAAUGCCACACUCCUGGAACAGCUGGGACCCAGGGCCUGGCUGGACGUCAGGACCUGGGAAGUCCCCAGUCUGCUGCUGGUCUCUGUGUCUGUGCUCCUCGUUACCACCCUGGUGUGGCACCUCCUGAGGGCUCCCCCAGAGCCACCCACCCCAGAGCCCCCUGAGGACAGGCGCCAGUCGGUAAGCCGCCAGCCCUCCUUCACCUACUCGGAGUGGAUGGAAGAGAAGAUCGAGGAUGACUUCCUGGACCUGGACCCCGUCCCUGAGACUCCUGUGUUUGACUGCAUGAUGGACAUCAAGCCCGAGGCCGACCCUGCCUCCCUGACCGUCAAGUCCAUGGGUCUGCAGGAGAGGAGGGGCUCUAACGUCUCCCUGACCCUGGACAUGUGCACCCCUGGCUGCAACGAGGAGGGCUUCGGCUACCUGAUGUCCCCGCGUGAGGAGUCAGCCCGAGAGUACCUGCUCAGCGCCUCCCGCGUCCUGCAGGCCGAGGAACUCCACGAAAAGGCCCUGGACCCCUUCCUGCUGCAGGCAGAGUUCUUUGAAAUCCCCAUGAACUUUGUGGAUCCGAAAGAGUAUGACAUCCCCGGGCUGGUGCGGAAAAACCGGUACAAAACCAUCCUUCCCAACCCUCACAGCAGAGUGUCUCUGACCUCACCGGACCCUGACGACCCUCUGAGUUCCUACAUCAACGCCAACUACAUCCGGGGCUACGGUGGGGAGGAGAAGGUGUACAUCGCCACUCAGGGACCCAUCGUCAGCACGGUCGGCGACUUCUGGCGCAUGGUGUGGCAGGAGCACUCGCCCAUCAUUGUCAUGAUCACCAACAUCGAGGAGAUGAACGAGAAGUGCACCGAGUACUGGCCGGAGGAGCAGGUGGUAUAUGACGGUGUCGAGAUCACCGUGCGGAAAGUCAUUCACACUGAGGAUUACCGGCUGCGGCUCAUCUCCCUCAGGAGUGGGACCGAAGAGCGAGGCCUGAAGCAUUACUGGUUUACGUCCUGGCCCGACCAGAAGACCCCAGACCGGGCCCCCCCACUCCUGCAUCUGGUGCAGGAAGUGGAGGAGGCUGCCCAGCAGGAGGGGCCCCACUGUGCCCCCAUCAUCGUCCACUGCAGCGCAGGGAUUGGGAGGACUGGCUGCUUCAUUGCCACCAGCAUCUGCUGCCAGCAGCUGCGGCAGGAGGGCAUGGUGGACAUCCUGAAGACCACGUGCCAGCUCCGUCAGGACAGGGGCGGCAUGAUCCAGACGUGCGAGCAGUACCAGUUCGUGCACCAUGUCAUGAGCCUCUAUGAGAAGCAGCUGUCCCGCCAGUCCCCAGAGUGA